AUGGAUCUCAGAAAUAUCCCUCAUGCCUGGAACGAGCUCAUCGGCAGGGAGUGCCAAAUUUGCCGAGAGAAAGCCCAACUUCUGACCUGCGGCGGCUGUAAAGUCGUCUUUUACUGUGGCACAGCACACCAGACUGCCGAUCGUUCUAAUCACAAAAAAGCAUGUAAUGCUAUCAAGAAAAGUAGAGGCCAUCUAGAGCGCGAGGAAGCAGCACUGAGGUCAGCUGAUACUUUCAACUCCGGGAACGUCUUCAACGUAGGCCGUGGAAAAUUUUGGGGCAUCUUCGAAACUCGUGAUUACAUGAGAGCACGUCACGCUGCAGCCACAAACCUUCUUGGUAUUCAUACCGAACUGGCCGUCCAAUGUGCCCUGGAUCACUUCAUCGACAUGCUUCAUCUCUCUCACAACGACAAUAUGGGUGUGCGUGAUAUUGUGCCAGACCUGUUUCUUCGUCUGGGGCAGGAACAAAAGUGUUAUGACUUUAUCAAGUGGUGGGCCACACAUCAUGAUUAUGAUUUACCUCAUGAUCGGCGUAUGGCAAACCCAUUUGAAGGCAUCGAUGCAGUGUGUAAUAAGGACACGAACUUGAGCCUCGGCCAUCUCGUGUCCCUCACUCUGCUUAAGCUGCGCAUGCAUUUAGAUGUGGAGCAAUACAACCAAUCCGAUUACGAGCCUGGGAGCAUGAUUUAUCGGCCUAUCGGAAAGCUUGUACUUCACAAGAUGAAGCAGCUCUCAGCUGGUGAAAUAUAUUGCUUGGCCGACCUCCUGGACAACCAGUAUCGCCUCCUUUGUCGCCAGGUACAUAACCAGAACCCACAAUUUUGGGACCUUUUGAUUGAUGAGUCUGACGAACCUCUCAAUAUGCCACAAUAUUACUCAGUAGGCUCCACAGAAGAAGCUAUUAUGACAGUGAUCCAGUGUAAACGCGCUUGGGAGGAAAGCGAGGAUACUAUAAGGGCGAUUGCAUGCGUCACCAUUGAUCUACCCUCUCAACCAGUUCACACUAGAACUAGUGCCACUCCUGCUUCUGGUAAUAUGAGUCAGUCAUCACCGGCUGUGCCAACAGCAACCGAACCAUCCGGAAUCGAAAAAAGGAUCGGCACCGGAAAAGCAUUUCCAGCAAAAUUCAGGAAUCUUUUACAAAAGUCUCCCGCUGAGCUCUUUCCAGUGCGUUCUGCUAGCACGGCAUCAUUUUCCCGCUAUGUCCACAUACAAAAUCAAGAGCAGGUACUUGUAUACACAGACGGCGCAUGUUCCAAUAAUGGCCAGCCUGAGAAGAACGCCCAAGGUGGUUGGGCAGUUGUGUACGGUCCCUGUCACGACACAACUUCGCUCACUGUCUCCGGACGACUUGAAACUGCAGGACCAACGGGAGCCAAGUACGUUGCUACCAGCAAUCGCGCUGAGCUGCGUGCUGUCAUAGCCGCUUUACGCCUCGCAGACUGGCGCGCCGAAGGUUUCACUAGCAUCGUCAUCGCUACCGAUUCAGCCUAUGUCACGGACGGCGCUACUAAUUGGGCCAAGUCCUGGGUACAAAACAGCUGGCGUAAUAGUUCGGGUGAGCCUGUCAUGAACAGAGACCUUUGGGAGUUGCUGUUGGGUGAGGUCGAGAUACUAGAUGAGAAGGGCCUUCGCGUGGAGAUUUGGAAGAUCCCAAGAGACCUUAAUGCUGAAGCUGAUGCAGCGGCCAAGAAAGCGAGCAAUCUAACGAUUAGUGAGCCCCAUUUCAGAGACAAUGUGAUACCAACUAUGGCAAAGAGCGAUUCUACAGAUACUGUACGCGUUCUUGUCAUUUGCGUUGAAGAAAAGUCGAUGUUCGAAAGUGUCCAUUCGGACCUCAUCCAUAGCAUCAGUACCGUCUCUCAGAUGCAGGUGGCCGGAACUGAGAAGGCUGCUCUCACGCUUCUGGCUGCUGACCAGCAACAAGCUAAACCUUCCGUCAUUCUUAUCGCUGAUGGCGCGAUCACUCGGCGGAAGAAGCUUCGCGAUGCUGUAAUCGAGCGUCUGAACGCUGGUGCCACUGUCGUCUUGGCAGGUUGCUUUAGCAGUCUGAUCAAUGCUGAAGAUAUCAAGCGUUUCAUGUCUGCUGCAGGGCUUCCCUGGGAGCGAGGCGUUUAUGAACGAACGACAACAGUGCUGCGUGCCAACCUCCGCGGUCAAGCCCAAUCUAGUCUCCGUACCUCAUACAGUCAAAAGGCACUGCACCUCAAGAAUGUGGACACAGAUUCAGUUUGGUACGCACACGAGUAUACCCGAGGUCAGGUUGCUGUGGCAUUUGCUAAGUUGGCUGGCGGCAAAGGAAGGCUUGGGUAUGUGGGGGAUUGCAAUGGGGAAGAUGCCACAAUAAUAGUGGUUCUGGCUAUGUGUGGUCUUAUUGAUUAG